AUGGCAGCACCAUCUGCUGCUGCCGCUGCGGGCGCCGCUGCGGCGGCACUUCUGCAGCGACAGCUGCUGCAAAGCACCGGUGGCAGUGAGCAAGGCUGGAGCGAGCAUCAGACUGGCGAUGGCCGCAAGUUCUUCCACAACGAGGAGACCGGGGUGUCGCAAUGGGAGAAGCCUGAUUCGCUGAUGACCGACAGCGAGCGCAUCGUGAACUCCACCGCCUGGAAGCAGUAUCGGAUUUGGGAUGGUCGAAUCUUCUAUCACAAUAAGGAGACAAAAGUUAGCUGCUGGAGCAUGCCGCCAGAGCUGCGAAAGCUCCGGGGUGAGAGCACCGGACUUGAUGACCGGCCUUUGCCAGAAACCCGCGCGGAGCAACGGCAAGCUUUCCAGGAAUUCCUGAAAGAGCGAGGAGUCGACGCGACCUGGGAUUGGCGGAGGGUCCAAGACCUCGCCCGCGAUGCCCCAGAGACCGAAGGUGUUAGUGAGCAAGUCCAGAAGCAAGUCUUCGCGGAGCUGCUGAGCAUAGCCUUGAAGAGGGGCGAGACAGAGGCGCGGGCCAAAGCACGCAACGCCGCGCUGGCGCUCGAGCGGCUGGUUGAAGAGCGCUUCGCAGAUCCGGAUGCUUUAGGCACAACUUAUGAGGAGGCAGCGAGCAUCCUGGGCGACGAAGAGGCAUGGACCCUGAUCAAAUCUGAUGUCCGCCGAGAUGAGGUGUUCCAGACAGUUAUGGAGCGCCUUGAGGAGAAGCACCAGAAAGCGCGCGCAGACAAGCGUGCGGAGCGCGUUGUGCGGCUUCAGCGGCUCAUGGCCACGGACCCCGAGCUCAGAAGACCGCGAAUGCGAUGGAAGGAUGCAGCAGCUGUUCUGGCUAGGCGGGACGAGCUGCAGGAAGAGGAGCCACCAAUCGAGGCUCUUCGCGUUUGGGCUUCCAUGCGGGAGCUGAGGUUGGCAGCCACCAAGGACGUGGAUCUCAAAAACAAAGCCCAGGCCGACUUCUACCGCGACGAGCGGAAGCGCCGAGAUGCCUUUGUGCUCUCCAUCAAGGAGCUCGCAGCAGCAGAGAGGUUCACGAUGGGGACGAGCUGGGCCCAGCUAGAGGAGAUGCUUCAGGCAUCUGGGGAUCAGCGCAUGGCCGGGCUCCGUGAGGGCGAGGGUGCGACAGCCAUGGAGCUUUUUGAUGAGUUCGUGGAGGAGCUCAAGCUCAAGGGCCCCGAGGCCUAUGCUGGCGUUGAGCCUGCGCCGCCACCGCCGGAGCCGAUUAUGGCAUCCCUGGCAAAGUAUGACGCCAAUCCACGCUUCGCACUCCGCAGCACUGAGGAACUGCUGCUAGCAGCCCCAAAGGUGGAGUUACAUGUGCACCUGGACGGUUCCUUCGACGCCGGAGUGCUCUUCAGGGAGCUCCCGGAGAAGGUGAGGACGCCCUGGGAUGGCAAGAUGCUUGAAGUGCGCAAAGCUGUGCGUGACUGCAACGGAGACCUGGCAAAGUUCACCUCGCUGGUUUCGGUCGGGGAUGACAUCAUCGGCUUGUUUCCCAUCCUCGAUUGCUUCUACACCUACUUGCCCAUUGUGCGCGGCCGAUUUGCUUUGCUGGAGGAGCUGGCAUUUGAGUUCUGCCGCGAGCGGAAGAAGCACAGCAUCAUCUACACAGAAGUGAGGUACUCCCCAUUCGAGUUCCUGCCGCAAGGCGAGGAUGGAGAAAUCGCGGAUGAUUCCAAGGCAGCAGACGCUGUCAAGGCCGGGCUUGUGCAGAAUCUUGAGGCCCUCGGGAAUGUACAGAAGGCACCCACCCGGCGAGCACGUCAAGCUGAGUUUGGCAUUGUAGUUCGCCAGAUCCUGUGUUGCAUCGCAGCGCAGCCGUCCUGGUCCACAAAGACAAUGGCACUUGCAGAGGAGUUCCGGAAUGAAGGUGUUGUCGGUGUUGACAUCGCUGCUGGCGAGAUGCAUUUUGAGGACGGCGCCCUCCACGAUGCACACAGAGAUGCUCUCGCCAUGGCGGAAAAGGCAGGCUUUGGGGUCACUGUACACGCUGCUGAGGCAGGGCCAGGCGAAAACGUGCGCCGAGCUAUGAACAUUUAUGGCGCCACUCGGAUAGGACAUGGCUACCGAUCUGUUGGAUCGGAAGCCUAUGAGUAUGCGAAGUCCAAGGGCGUGCACUUCGAGCUGUGCCCUACAUCUUCUAUUUCAACACAAGCGAUUGAGUUGGAGAUGUCCGAGGGUGCACUUCAGUGGAAGACACACCCCAUCAGCCAGUUUUUCGCAGACCGGACAUCCUGCUCCAUCAACUCAGAUGACCCUGCAGUCUUUCGAUGUUCUCUUACAGACGAGCUUUCAAUUUGCGUAAACCAAAUGGGCCUCAGCUUGGAAGAUAUUCGCUGGAUGACACUGCAGGCUGCAGAGCACGCAUUCCACUUGGAUGCGCGUGUGAAGGAUACUGUCAUUCAGAGCGUGAACAAGUUCUACGACGGUCACUUGAACUGA